UGAGCAGAAAUCGGUGUCCUUGUCGGAAGCUUGCUAUUCAAAGGCUGCGCCGGCGGUGCGCGCGGCGCGGCGCCCGUCGGGCGGAUGCAUCCGUGGGGUUCAAACGGGAUCAUGGGGCGCAACGCCAACCCCCGCCCGCCCCCCAUCCUUCCGCUCUCCGCGUGGCGCCGCUCGCGCGACGCGGAGAGUCUGGGCGAACUCGAGCCGCCCGACCUGGCGAUCGGAGAGAUGCACGCGGGCAUGGAGGUGCAGCGCAGGGGGCGCUCCAUCAGCGUUGACGAUCUCAUGCCGGCCCUCCCCCUCCAGCGCACCAUCUCCGCGCCUGUGUCGCCCGCCACAACAAUCACCUCGCCCGGCCUGCAAGCCCUGACGCCGCCAUCGACGGCGGCGAGCUGGCGGUCCAAGUUUGUCCUCUCGGCGCACCGCGCCAGCCCCAAGCUCGAGCCGAUCGGCGCCGGCCGCGACGCGCACAUCCUCCGACUGGUGAACGAGUCUUGCGCCGCGCUCGACGCCGGCUGCCGCCCUUCGCUCGUGGACGACGGACUCGGGGGGACGUACAUCAUCGAGUCGCCGUGGGGCUCGCGGCUGCCCAUCUCGCUCUUCAAGCCGCGCGACGAGGAGCCCUGCGGCCCCAACAACCCCAAGGGCGCGCAGCAAACCUUCAUCGCCAACAUCGGGGAGGAGGGGAUGUGCCCCGGCAUCCGGAUCGGGGACGCGGCGCUCAACGAGCACCUCGCCUACACGCUCGACGCGACGGAGCGGUCGCGCCACUUCUGCCGCGUGCCGGCCACCGCCUGCGUGCGCACCGAGCACACCUCCUUCUUCGACGCCUCCACCGGCGAGGGCGCCUCCUACGGCGAGGCGCAGGCGUCGCCGUUCCGCGCGCGCAAGGACAAGGCGGGCUCGCUGCAGCGGUACGUGCCGCACGACGGGCCGGCGGACGACUUUUCGCACUCGCUCUUCCCGACGCUCGAGGUGCAGCGCAUCGCUUGUCUCGACCUCUGGCUCCUCAACGCCGACCGGCACGGGGGCAACAUCCUCGUCCAGCGCACCUCGACCGCCGCCGCAGACGCGCUCACGCCGACGGCGAGCUCGUGCUGCGGAUCCCAGCUGCCCAUGCCGGCGCUCUCUCUCGGGGAGACGGCCGCGCACCGCUCGAUCGUGCCGCGCGGCGCGGUGAUGCGGCUCGUGCCGAUCGACCACGGCUUCUGCCUGCCCACUUCGCUCCGCUCCGUCGUGCCCAACCUCGAGUGGCGCCACUGGCCGCAGGCGCGGGCGCCCCUCGAGCCAGAGGUGCAGGAGCACAUCGCCCGCAUCGACGCCGACGCCGACGCGGCGCUGCUCGCCUCGCGCCGCGAGAGCGGCGUCUCGGACGGGUCGAUCCGCACCCUGCGCGUCGGCACCGCGCUCCUCCAGCAAGGAGCCGCCGCCGGCCUCUCCCUCGGCGAGAUGGCGGACAUCGUCCUCGUCCGCGAGGCGGAGGCGGAGGCGGACCGCCGCAUCGCGUGGGAGUGCGGAGGCGCCACUUUCCCGCGCGAGGCGGCGAGCGGCGGCUCGGGAAAGGCGGUCCUGCGCUGCGAGCGGCGAGGCCAGAAGCGGCCGUCCACCGAGGAGGCGGCGGCGGCCGCGCAGCGCGAGGCCGCCUUCCUCGACUGCUACAAGGCGCGCCUCGCCUGCUACUUGCGCGGCAGCCGCUCUGCGGGCGGGCCAUGGCUGGUGCUACUAGUAUGGGGGGCUACCUGGCUACCGCGAGAGCGACCCAACUCGUCGACAUCGUCCGAUGAGGGUGCCUCAAAGUCAGCCUUCGGAGGCUAUCGUGGGGCUGCCUAA